GAGAGGAUCCUUGGCGGGGAGGGAGGAGGAAAGGAGAGGGACAUCAUCCCGGGAGGAGUUCUCUGCAUCCCUCCGCCCCAGCCUGGUGUUUGCUGCAUUCACACGUGCAAGCAAAUACCCGCAACUUCCACCCGCCUUUGCCAGGGUAAAGGCCAGCGCUCACAGCUCUUGCAUAAGAAGUAGGGGCUUGGUUGCCUGCCCCCCCCCAGGGCCUGCGUCUUCGCCGCCCCCCAAGACAAGGGGCCGGGAUCUGGUGGCAGGAUGAUGCUGGCAAUAUAUCCUUCUCAGACAUCCAUUCUUCACAAUGCAGUGGAAACAGUUGCCAUGGGACCAGUUCAGGGUCUGGCGACCUUUGAGGAGGUGGCUGUGAGCUUCACCCAGGAGGAGUGGACGCUGCUGGAUCCGGACCAGAAAGCUUUGCACAGGGAAGUCAUGGAGGAGAUCCGUGGGAUUCUGGCCUCUCUCGCGGGCAAUGCCUGGAAAAUGGGCAAGAAGGAGAACCCCCAUUUGGUGGAAAGAGACAGUCGUACAACUAGCAAAGCAAAGCAAAACAAGAGGAAUAAAUCCAUUUUCCCUGGAAGCAGUGGCUACUCUGACGUCACGGACCUGGCCGAAGGGGUUAAAAGAAAAGAAGGGGAUCUGUGCAUUGUGGCUGAAACAUGUUUCGGUUCUGAAGCAAAGCUGAAAGUUCAUUGCAAUGUCAACAAAGAGGAAAAAGCUUACAAGUGUCUGGAGUGUGAAAGGAGCUUCCGCCUGAAAGAGAAUCUCAGGAGACACGAAAGAACUCACACAGGGGAGAAACCGUACAAAUGUUUGGAGUGUGGGAAGAAUUUUACUCGCAGUUCAUAUCUCAUUGUUCAUCAAAGAAUCCACACAGGAGAGAAACCGCAUGUAUGCUUGAAGUGUGGGAAGAAAUUUACCCAGAGUUCCCACCUGAUAAUCCAUCAAAAAACUCAUGCAGAAGGGAAGCCCCAUAAGUGCUUACAGUGCGGAAACAGCUACCGAAGGAACGCAACUCUUCUCUUGCACCAAAAAAAGCACACAACGGAGACGCCCUAUGAAUGUCUGGAUUGUGGAAAGACCUUCAACAUAAAGACAAGCCUCAGGAGACAUCAGAGGACUCACACAGGAGAAAAACCAUACAGAUGUUUGGCGUGCGGGAAGAGCUUUCAGGACAACACAGCUCUGACUGCGCAUCAAAGAAGCCACACCGGAGAGAAACCCUAUAAAUGCCUAGAUUGUGGGAAGAGCUUUGGCUUAAAGAGAAACUUGAGGAGGCAUCAGAGAACUCACACCGGAGAGAAACCGUAUACAUGCUGGGAGUGCGGAAAGGGCUUCCAGGAGAGCGCAAGUCUCACUUGCCAUCAAAGAAGCCACACCGGAGAGAAACCCUACAAAUGCUGGGAGUGUGGAAAGUACUUCAGUUUGAAGAAAAGCCUGAGGAGACACCAAAAAACUCAUACAGGCGAAAAGCCAUAUGUCUGCUGGGAGUGUGGGAGACGUUUCAGUUUGAAGAAGUAUUUCAGGAGUCAUCAAAAAAUCCACACCGGGGAGAAACCGUAUGAAUGCUUGGAGUGUGGAAAGAGCUUCAGCUGCAGCAGUAACCUCAGGCAGCAUCAAAGAAUUCACACGGGGAUAAAGCCGUACCAGUGCGCGGCGUGCGGAAGCAGCUUUGGCAGAAAGACCAGCCUCAGCCGGCAUCGGUGGGUUCACGCUGGGGAGAAACCCUGCCGGUGCUCGGAGUGCGGAAAGAACUUCAUGUGGAGGGGACGCCUCAUUUGCCAUCAGAGGACCCACACGGGAGAGAAGCCCUACAGAUGCCUAAAGUGUGGUAAAAGCUUUGGUCAGAGUCGAAGCCUCCACUCACAUCAGAGAACACACAUGGAAGAAGGACUGUACGAAUGUCUGAAUUGUGGAAAGAACUUCAGUUCAAAAACGAAGCUCGGGAGACAUCAGAUAGUUCACACAGGGGAAAGACCUUACCUGUGCUUGCAGUGUGGGAAGAGCUUCACGGUGCAGGCCAAUCUUGUUAGACACCAACGAACUCACACAGGAGAGAAAACAUACACAUGCUUGAAGUGUGGAAAGAGCUUCAGAGAGAAAGCUAAUCUGAACAGGCAUCAGAGAACCCACACAGAAGAAAAGCCAUAUAAAUGCCUGGAGUGUGGGAAGAGCUUCAGCAUGAAGGGAAAUCUCGCCAGACACCAAAGAACUCACACAGGGGAGAAGCCGUAUAAAUGCUUGGAGUGUGGGAAACGUUUCUCCACAAACGAAAGCCAGAUUUAUCAUCAACGGACCCAUACAGGGGAGAAACCAUAUAAAUGCCUGGACUGUGGAAAGACCUUCAGUUUCAAUACAAGCCUCAAGACACAUCAGAGGACUCACACAGGGCAGAAACCCUACCAGUGCCUGGAGUGUGGAAAGUGCUUUGCACGCAAUUCAAAACUUAGCAUUCAUCAAAGAACUCACACAAAAGAAAAACCUUAUGUGUGCUUUAAGUGUGGAAGGAGCUUCUGUGACCGUGGAGGUCUCACUUCUCACCAAAGAAUGCAUACCGGGGAGAAACCCUACGAAUGCUUGGAGUGCGGAAAGAAGUUCAGCUGCCACGGAAACCUCAGCAGGCACAGGAGGACUCACACGGGGCAGAAACCCUAUCAGUGCCUGGAGUGUGGAAAGUGCUUCAUGUGCAAUUUGAAACUUAGCAUCCAUCAAAGAACACACACAAGUGAAAAGCCAUAUACAUGUGCUAAGUGUGGAAAGAGCGUCUGUGACCACAGAGUUCUCACUUCUCAUCAAAGGAUUCAUACUGAGGAGAAACCGUGCUAAUGCUUGGAGUGUGGAAAGACGUUCGGGUGCCACAGAAACCUCAACAGGCACAGAAGGAAAAUCGGAGAACAGGAGAUCUAAGCACGCGAGAAUGCAAUAGUUAGGUGGAAAUAGUUGAGGUUAUUUCAUUGCUAUUUUGGGGGUACUGAAGAGAAAUAUGUACAUGUAGACUAAAAAAUUUUUGUUGCUUAGCACAGUGAUUCCCAACAAGAGUUAUUAUAGUUCUGUGCCAUCAAGUUGGAACAUAUACCAAUCCUAAUAGGGGUUUCAAGGUUAGUAUGGUAUUUAAGGUUUUACCAGUUCCACACACCCCCAGAGAGCUUGCAUGAUUUGAACCCAUACAGCCUAAGUCCUGAUCCAUCACUCUAUCCACCACACCACACCGGGUAUUGUCCAACAUGGAUAGAUCCAUUGAAUC